AGGCAGUUCGAGGAGCGGCACGUGGGGCAGAUCAAGGCGGUGUACCCCACCGCGUACCGGCUGCGCCAGGAGAAGAACAUCCCCACUUUCAGCCACGGCGUGAAGAAGUCUGACUACCAGCUCACGCUGGAACCAGUGUUGGGGGAAGAGGAGAAAGUGAACGGCCGCCCGCACCUGUCGGCGUCGCGCUUGCUGGAGCGCAGGAAGGAGUUCAGCCGCAACCUGGUGAACAUCGUCAAGCAGCACCACAAGGCCUUCCUGGCCGCUCUCAGCCCUCCCAUGGUGGUGCCGGAGGAGAAGCUGACCCGUUGGCAUCCCCGCUUCAAUGUGGACGAGGUGCCGGACAUCAGCCCGGCGGAGCUGCCGCAGCCGCCUCAGGAGGACAGGCUCACCACGGCCCAGGAGGUGCUGAGCACAGCUCGGGGGAUGCUGACGCCCAAGAUGGAAAAAGCUCUUGCCAACCUGGCCUUAAGAACCGCUGAAGCCGGUGCGGGGGAACCGGUGGUUUCCAAAGCACCGUCCCCUGCCAGCACCUCCAGCGCUCUCAAAGGGGUGUCCCAGGCCCUGCUCGAGAGGAUCCGGGCGAAGGAGGCGCAGAAGCUGCAGGCGCUGAUGACGCGGGACCCGCGGCAGGAGGGUGAGAUGGAGAAACACUUGCGCCUCUUUGCAGAGCUGCUGCCCGACUGGGUGGGGAUCCACGCCAUCAGGACGGACACCUACCUCAAACUGGACAAAGGGAAGGACCUCGGCCUCGUCGCGGAGAGGCUCACCCAGGCGGCGAAGGAGGCAGAAGCCCUCUGA